AGUAUAUGGGGCUUUUAUGGCUAACCCCCGUCGAUUUCGACAAUUUUUCUUGUUAAAAUCAGAUUUAAACCUAACCCCAUGCCUAACGCUAACCUUAAAUUAAGACCAAAAAAGAAUGUUAGUUUAAAUAUUUUUUUUACGAUACAGACAGUUUUAACUUUGUGGCUGUCUUGUGGAAACCCUAGGGCGAUUUGACAGCAGUCUACCUAGCAAAUAUGGCUGACCAAAACAAAACAUCAGCUAAAGUAGAAUUCCGCAAUGAAUUACUAAACCCAUCUGAGCUGUUCGAAGCCCGCACGCGCAGCCACAAGAUCCCGGUGCGCGGGCAGAAGGAUUUCAUUCCCACUGGGUGGGAUCAGCAAAGGGAUAGGCUUCAGCAGAGUUUGGACGAGCACUGGAAUCUAGUAUCUGAGGAGCGAGUGGAGAGGUUGGGGAACCUGGUGAAGGCAGUGUGGAUUUCCAGUGACAUGAUAGUGGAGCUGCAGUCACCAGCAGGGAAGUUUUGGCAGACUAUGGGGUUUUCUGCCCAUGGUAAGCAAUGUCUACAUCCAGAAGAGGCUCUCUAUCUAAUGGAGUUUGGAAACCUGCAAGUGUUCUACCAAGACCUGCCACUGUCCAUCCAAGAGGGCUAUGAGAGAUUUCUAUACUCGAAGACAAUGAGUAUACAGCAUUACCAGGUAUUUGGCCAUUUGAAGCGACUUGGUUAUGUGGUGAACAGAUUUGAUCCCAGUUCUGUACCAUCGCAGUAUGAGAGACAGUUGAACCUGCCCCAGUCCCGAGACAGAUCAGGAAGACUUCUGAAGAGGAAACGCAGCCACAGCUCCACCUCCAUGGUUUAAACUCAGUCAACCCACACGCCUCAAAGCGAUUACUGUCCAAUGGGAAACCCUGCCUUUCUGCCUCUUCUAAUGCGCUCUAGGCACACAGGAACACAGGAGGGCCCCACUUCUAAGAGAAUGGAGGAGGAGAAAGACUGCAACAGAGAGGAAGAGGACAAGAAUUCUGACUCUCUUUCAGCCCCAGACAUUGACAAAAUCCAGACAGCAUCACACGUUGACCCCACCACUUCAACCGAGGGUGGCCAGGGCAGGAGCUGGUGGUCAAAGGAAGGCUCCCCAGACCCUGACUCUGAGCUGCCAGGUCAGCCCCAGAGCUCCCCUCGCUGGGACUUCAGCUCCAUCCCCUUCCCAGACCUGGGCUCCAGAUGUUGGCUCCCCAGCAGCCUGACCUCCCCAGACCCCUGCCUGCUGCCCAGGGCUGUGGGGUCAGUGGGGGCCUGCGAUGUGGCCCCCUGGCUGCAGAGGCUCAACCUGCGGGAGGUGAGGAUGUCCCGGCGUGAGUGGGAGAGAGAGCGGGAUAGGGACCGGUACCGGAGGGACAUCAACCAGGACAGAGAGGUACGACGUUGCAGGAACUGGGCGGAGUACCAGGAGCUACAGGAGAGAAGGAUUCAACGGAGCCGCAGAGAUAGGCCAGCACACCUGUGGGAGGGGCCGGUCACACCCCUACAUGACCCUGCACAGGUCACUUCAACUGGUGAGCUGCUGGAUAAAAUCAGUGUGAUCAAAUCCACACGGCUGCUUGAGGGUGCAUCCAGUUUUUGUAUAUGGAGAUCAGAGGAGUGGAGAAUCUGUUUCAACAUUUACCAAUCCGACACGGUCGCUGAAUUCAAGAAGAGCGCUCCUGGAAAACCCUAUUCACGCAUGUGUGUUUUCGAUGGUCCAGUGCCUGACUUGUGGACACUGAAAUUGUUGGCUUUCCAGAGUGGGGAUGUCCCGGUCACCUAUGCAGUGGUGGACCACGGGGACAUCUCCUUCUACUCCUUCAAGGACUUCCAGAUACCCACAGAUGUGUCCUUCUGAGGGCCUGACCACAGUAAACAGUCACACGCCCUGGUUUAACUACUGCACCAUGCCAGGGCUGCCUGCGGUGGAUCUGAAACUCUGCAACUGGAACUAAUGCCAAAGAAAUGAACGAAACGUAAUUCUCUUAGUGAAUUGAUGAACUGCAGUCCUCACACUGUUUGAUGCUGUAGUAUGCCUUCCUCCUGUGUUGCAGACUUCUAUUAGUGGCAUAUGAUCGUCUGCAUCUGAUUGAAGGUAACCUACAUUGUCACGUCUCCAAACAAUGUCACCAUGUCUUAUACCAAGCAUGGUUUUGUAACGCCUCUGAAAAUUUUGAACCAAAUUGGCUCGGUUUUCUUCUGCCUUUAUCUCAUCACCACCAUUGGUUUUCUGGUAUUCAUAUACUGUAUCACGAGUGGCUUCACUAUGUAUGCACUUGGUAUAGAUGCGGUAUGUGUAGAUCAUACGUAUAUUUCAGCCCUUUAUUUUUGUCUAUCUGCCCAUAUUUUUAGAUCCAAUCAGCUUUAUUGACUGACCUUUUGUUGUUGUAACCUCACAUGUUUAAGUUACCUGACUCCUGUUCUCUUGUUUUUUGUUUCAAAUUGCUUGUAAACUCUACAGAUACAGGCCACCAUUUAUCUUCACAUUA